AUGCUGCCACAACAAGAUGUAUCUAUGGCUUAUGAUGGUAUUUAUCGAAAUGAUAUUUCGACGCCUCGUGGUAAUAAUAAUAAUCGUUCAAAUAAUGCAAAUGAUGGUGAACUGGACGAAGUUCAAAUAUCAAAAACUCGCCUAUUUUUAAAAAAAAUAGGAAAAUUUCUAUUUUCACAUGUUGGUCUUGUUGGUCUUGUUGUUGUUUAUGCUGCUGCUGGUGGAUUUCUAUUUGAAUUACUCGAAGCACAUCAAGAAAAAUUAAAUUGUCAAGAAGCUGAAGGCGAACUUAGAGUUCAAUUAACUAAACUUAAACAAAAAAUUGUUACUUAUAUACAAUAUAAUACAACAACAACACCAGCAGCACCACCAUCACCAUCAACAUCACCAACAUUAACAUAUGUUAUUGAAAGAGAUAAUCAAUCAGUUGCCUAUGAUAAAAUAGCUACAAUGUUAUAUGGUUAUCGAGAUUUUGUUCUUGAUAUUGGUUCAAAUUAUCGUUAUUAUGGAGGCGGUUGUUCAAGUCCUAAAUGGACAUAUGCAAAUGCUUUACUUUUUGCUAUAACAAUUAUUACAACAAUUGGUUAUGGAAAUAUAACUCCCGUGACAUGGGAAGGUCAAAUAUGUUGCAUAUGUUAUGCAACAAUUGGUAUUCCAAUAUUUCUUUUAUGUAUUGCAAAUAUAAGUGGUGUACUUGGCGAAAUGUUUCGUUUUAUUUAUGGAAGAAUAUGUUGUGGACCAUGUCAUAGAAUAAAAGAACAUCGAGAAUUAGCACGUAAAGCUAAACUUGCAGAAGAAAGAGGUGUAAGUAAUAAUCAAACUGAUGGUAAUGGUUGGGCAGCACAAGAUGAUAACUCAUUGAAAAAACGAACAAAUACACUUGCUAAUCAAGCAAAUGUUGAUGAAGAUGAAGAAAUAGAAGAACCACGAGUGACUGUACCAUUAACAGUAACUAUGUUAAUUAUUGCUGCAUAUAUAUGGUUUGGUUCAAUGAUGUUUCAUAGUUUUGAACAAUGGACUUCGACACAAGCUGGAUAUUUUUGUUUUAUUACAUUAGCAACAAUCGGAUUUGGUGAUUUUGUACCUGGUCAAGGAGCCGAUGAUCCAGCUUUUAAACUUAUUAUUGGUGCAAUCUACGUACUUUUUGGUAUGGCAAUAUUAGCUAUGUGUUUUGAUUUAAUGCAAGAAGAAAUUGUGGCUAAAUUUCGUUGGAUUGGUCGUAAAUGCGGUAUUGUUGAUAAAGAAGCAGAUUCAGAUUCUAUUGAAGAUAAUAAAUUAAAUAAUGAUAAUAAUAGUACUACACGACCAUCAACAGCAUCAUCAGUUACUAAAGGAAGUUCAAUAAUGAAUAUAAACGGUAAAAUACUCGAUGAGGAUGAUACUGAGUAUGGUUGGCCAACACAACGCAGUUCAAAUGGAGGAACACGAAAACUUAGUCCACGUAUCACUAGUGCUCGUGUUCAUCCAGCAGAAACAGAUUCAAAUGAAGGAACACUCCAUCAACGAGCAGCUCCUAACAAAAGAAAUUAA